AGGUUAGAGGCAACUGCAGCAGUGGACGGUGGCAUUGCAUCAGACCGAGAUCAGACUGAGGGGCGACCGAGGACAUAAGAGGACGAGGAUAUAGAAGUUGUCUUUUAGCAUUUUGCUGAACCAGUAAAGGUGUGAAAAUAUGGCUGAUUCCAAUGCUGUAGAAGAGAAGAAUAAAGCUAACGACCCUGAAGCGGCAUUCGAGGACGACAUUCUCGAUGAUUCAAAAGCGAAAUUCAUCAAUGGCGGAAAAUCGCAGGAGGAUUCAACAGUGGUCGAGGUCAGCUCGGCUAGUGAGCCAUCCUUCACAGGUCUUGGCAAAGAUGAGCUAAGAAAAUAUGCCGAGGACCCUUUCUGGGUCCGUCUUCGUUGGGUCUUGUUUAUUUUGUUUGUCCUUGGCUGGCUGGCAAUGCUGGUAGCGGCCAUUGUCAUCAUUGUCCUUGCACCUCGAUGCCCGUCUCGUCCAGAUCUAAAAUGGUACCACAAGGAAGCUGCAUACAAUGUCUACACUAAGUCUUUCUUGGAUGGAGGCGACGAAAAGGAUGGCUAUGGCGAUCUGAAGGGUGUCAUCAAAAAGGAAAGUUAUAUCCAAAACCUGGGAGCGAAAACGAUCUGGCUUAGCUCCAUCUUCAAGACUGAUGGUGACAAUGAUGCUGCAGUUGUUGACUUCAUGGCUCUCGAUGAGAAGUUUGGAACAAUUGAUGACUUCAAGACUUUUCUCAAAGCUUUGGCCAAAAAAGAUAGAAAAGUUAUCAUUGACUUUGAUCCAAAUCAGACCAGCCAAAACCACACCUGGUUCCAAAAGAGCCAGAAGAAUGAGGCUGGAUAUGAGAACUUCUAUGUCUGGGCAAACAGCUCAAACAACUGGAAACAGGAUGACGGCAGUUCAGCCUGGUCCUUCAAUCCCAUUCGCAAACAGUAUUUCCUCCAUCAGGUAUCAAACAACACAGCUGAUCUCAACCUUCGGAGUAAAGAAGUUCGUGAUGAGCUGAAGAAAAUCAUGGAAUACUGGACUGGAAUUGGUGUGAGUGGGUUCAACAUUGCUGGUGUGCAGUAUCUGACAGAGAAUAGCACUUUCAUUGAUGAUGAUGGCACAAAGAGACAGACACGCAAUUUUCCUGACAAUGGUGAAAUAGUGGCUUUUCUUCCACUGGUGUUUACCUCUAUCAAUGAAGAUAGUAUUGAUCAGCUAGAUAUGCUGUUUGGCACAGACGAAAGAAAGGGCUUUCAUUUUGUGUCAGUGGUCCUUGACAAACUUGACUCUAGUAAGACAGCAAAUGGCGUAACUAAAAUGCUUCAGCCAUAUGUGAAUGCGUCUUCUAACAGAUGGCUAGGAUGGCAGCUAAGUAGCCCAUAUGUUUCACGUGUUGGGCAACGCCUGCAGGAUCGUGUGACUAUAGGCCAUGCACUUCAAGCUUUGCUCCCUGGGACUGCUUUACCAUACUAUGGUGAUGAAAUAGCAAUGAUUGAUGGACCGACUGAGCCAAAAUCCCGAACUCCUAUGCAGUGGAGCAAAGAAGCUAGUGCCGGUUUCACAAGUGGAAAACCAUGGUUGCCAGUCAAUAGUGACUAUACCACAAAGAAUGUGGCUACUCUUACAGCACAGCUGUCUGAAAGCGGCAACAGCCUUAUGUCAAGCUUCACACAGCUGAUGCAGCUACGUUCCAAUGAAUCGCUCCAAUUUGGUCAGACUCAGUUCUGUACCACAGAUGACCUCCUCAUCUUCAGCCGUCAUGCUAAAGGAUUUGCUCCAUAUAUGGUAGUCAUCAACAUGGGUAAAUCGGCUACGGCACAUAGCUUCGUGAAUGAUAAGUGUAUAGGCGGCAAGACAGCAGAAGUUGUAUUCCAUUCCCAUAACGAAGACCACAUGUCAAAGAUUAUUGAUGUGGAAGCUGCAGUGGCCAUCGGGUCUGGCGAGGUCCUUGUGCUGAAGUUUAGCCCUUAAUCCAAGAGCAGGGUCUUGUAGGCACAUUAAAAUGAUUUAAACUUAAUUUUCUCUGAAACCUUUUUGAAAGCUGCUGUAUCUUUUUGCUGGUAUGUAUUUGAACAAUUUUUCAAAAGUGUCUAAAGGACAAGGAUAUAUGUUUUGAGCAAAAUUAAGAUUUAAAAAUGGGUUGGAGAUAGCUGAUACUGAUGGUCACAUUUGUGCAUGCUGAAUGCUAAAGGUUCAUGGAAUUUUAGUCUUGAAGAGCCUUUGCUUAGGAAAACUAGUGUUGCCUGUUAGCCCCUGUAUUUGCAAAUAACAGCCGUUUGUAUGAUAAACAUGAAAAAAAGGAGUGUUUUUAAACAGACAUAUACUAUGCCAACCCUUCAUGUCAUCAGAUUAUUUACGUGCUAUAUCCUAAGGUCACCAGCUGUUUUGGCAUAAAUGACCAUGCAAAAUAAACAUUUUUAUGAAAA